AUGGGGCAUCCACGCAAGCAUCAGGGGGAUGUAAGGAUGGACUUACAGCACAAGAAGCACAGCGGGGAACAGCAUGGCACUGGGGGGCCUGAUGGGGAGCAUUUGAAAGAAGAUAAAACUACAGUGUAUUAUGACCUUUAUGCACUGGGCCCUCACAUCUCCAGCGCUGGGCCCUCUCAUCUCCAGCGCUGGGCCCUCUCAUCUCCAGCGCUGGGCCCUCUCAUCUCCAGGGCUGGGCCCUCACAUCUCCAGGGCUGGGCCCUCUCAUCUCCAGGGCUGGGCCCUCUCAUCUCCAGGGCUGGGCCCUCUCAUCUCCAGCGCUGGGCCCUCUCAUCUCCAGCGCUGGGCCCUCUCAUCUCCAGCGCUGGGCCCUCUCAUCUCCAGCGCUGGGCCCUCUCAUCUCCAGCGCUGGGCCCUCUCAUCUCCAGCGCUGGGCCCUCUCAUCUCCAGCGCUGGGCCCUCUCAUCUCCAGCGCUGGGCCCUCUCAUCUCCAGCGCUGGGCCCUCUCAUCUCCAGCGCUGGGCCCUCUCAUCUCCAGCGCUGGGCCUUUACAUCUCCAGGGCUGGGCCUUUACAUCUCCAGGGCUGGGCCCUUAAAUCUCCAGCGCUGGGCCUUUACAUCUCCAGCAGCAAUAUAAAGCUGAGGACCCAGCAAGUGCUCAAUGAAAGAAACCAAGGCUUCAAAAGGAAGCUACACUGAAGGAGAAAGAACUAGUGGUGCCCCUGGAAGCCACACCUACUCUUCCGAUGCUCCAGGGCUCUGUGCCCUUCCUGCAGCUCAAGCCAGGAGGAAUGUUUGCAAGGAUACCAGCCAUUUUGCCAAUGUGCACAGUUUUUCUUUAGUCAUUACUGGAGGAGACUGACUUUCUUCUGUUUCAAAUAUCUAAAGAUCACUUUCAGAACAAACUGGGAGUAAACUAACUGGAUGGGCCAAUCCUACCUUGGAUCCUCCUCUGCCAUUUCAUUGUUAGAAUCGAUUUCUGCAGGAGUAUUUCACAUAUUUUACUGUCAGUGUCUCUGCAAACCCAACACACUAUGGAGGAGAGAGCAAGCCUCUGAAGCCAGACACACCUGAGAUUAAAUCCUGGUUCUGCCAUUUUAUU